GCUUUUGAAUCUCUCUGCAUGUAUUAUUUUUUCUUAUUGCGACGUUCACAUAUUAUUGUCUGAGGAUUCUCGGAGGAGGAGUUAACGAAGCCCCAGACUUUGUUCCAGGGUUUCCCGGUACGGGAUAUUAUGGAGUCCUCUUUAGUGUUGUGAUGGGCUCGGGAAAUUUGAAACGAAUUCGAGGGUUUGGCGGGAACCUCCGAGAGCUAGAUGAGAGCUUUGCAGAGGCCACACGGAAUCGCCUCUGGUUUCUUGAGAUCCUCACUUUGUGAACCAAUUGAAUUCCGGAGGGUAGGGCGAAGGCAGUUGCAAGACUGGGAAUAAAGAUAGGAGUCAAGAAUGGCUGUGUUCAAUAAAUUGAAACAGCUCGAUGCAUACCCGAAGAUCAGCGAAGAUUUUUACAGCCGAACUCUAUCUGGCGGUGUUAUCACGCUUGUAUCUACUGUAUUUAUGUUCGUUUUAUUCGUUACAGAAAUUAGCUUGUACCUAAGUGCUCAAACGCAAAAUCAGCUGGUGGUGGAUACUUCGCGAGGAGAAACUCUUCAAAUCAAUUUGGACAUCACGUUCCCAGCAUUGGCGUGUUCUAUGGUCAGCUUAGAUGCAAUGGAUAUAAGUGGUGAGCAGCACCUCAAUGUGAGGCACAACAUUUUCAAGAAAAGACUAGAUGUUCAUGGUAAAGUUGUAAAUGCCCCAAAACCAGAUGCUAUCAACGCUCCCAAGGUUCAGAAGCCGUUGCAGAAACAUGGCGGGAGGCUCGAGCACAACGAAACCUACUGUGGCUCUUGCUUUGGCGCGGAAUCUUCAGACGAUGAGUGUUGUAACAAUUGUGAAGAAGUACGAGAGGCCUAUCGCAAAAAGGGUUGGGCCUUGACUAAUGCAGACCUUAUUGAUCAGUGCCACAGAGAAGGCUUCAUUGAGAGGGUUAAGGAAGAAGCUGGUGAGGGUUGCAACAUUUAUGGAAAAUUGGAAGUGAAUAAAGUGGCAGGAAAUUUUCAUUUUGCCCCAGGAAAAUCGUUUCAGCAGUCAGCUAUGCACCUCCUUGAUCUUAUGGGAUUCAUAACAGACAGCUUUAAUGUGAGUCAUACUAUCAAUGAGCUUAGCUUUGGUGCUCAUUUCCCUGGAGCUGUGAAUCCUUUGGACAAGGUGACAAACAUUCAGAAGGAUCUUAAUGGCAUGUACCAAUACUUCAUUAAGGUGGUGCCUACAGUGUACACUGAUAUUAAGGGUCGCAAGAUUUCAACUAAUCAGUUCUCUGUGACGGAGCACUACACGGCUGGAGAUCAUGGUCCAAGAUUCGUACCUGGUGUUUUCUUCUUUUACGACCUCUCACCCAUAAAGGUUAAGUUCUCAGAGGAGAGACCAUCUUUUUUGCAUUUUCUGACAAAUGUCUGCGCUAUCGUUGGAGGUGUGUACUCAAUAGCUGGUAUUAUAGACUCUUUUGUUUACCAUGGGCAUCGAGCAAUCAAGAAGAAGAUGGAGCUAGGAAAGCUCAGCUAGUGAGGUUUCUAUCUUUUGACCCGUUGCGAGGGUGCAACAAAAGCUUGGCAGCCAGGAAAUUACUGUGGAUAACUGUGACAGUCAAGGUUUAUGCCCAUGUACGAGGUAUUCCAUUUACAGUUAAUUCAAUUUAGGCUCAGAUUUGAAAGAGAAGUCCAUUAAGGUUGAAGGCUGUUCCAAGCGGCGAACAACUAUUUUCGGACAGGUCUGAUUCUGCGUGAUGGAACGAGUGUUAUAAACGAGUUUUUAUUUUGUUCUAUUUUGUAUCUUUAAAGUAUUGUUGAUAUUAUUUUUUUAA